GCAAUCACGAGCCAGGUUGUUACGAAGUUUUCAAACCGACCACACAAGUCUUUGAGCCAUGUACUAAUAUGUCCAAGGCCAGACGAGUAUACAAAUGUACCGGCAUUUGCUGAGGAAUUGGAAACUUGAUGGGACGAGCUCUUUGAAUUGCCGGGGUAGACUGUGGAAGUGCCAACACGCCGCUAGGGAACAAAGAAUCCUCGGGCAUUACCGUAUGUAUGCGUCAACCAUCUUGUCUCUCAGACGUCGAGAUCCACACAACCGACCCAGUGGCUUCCAGUGUCUAGCGAAACUAUCACGUCACAGCCGUGUUGUCUUGUUGUCUCGAGGGCCACUUGUGAAUGGAGACUACUACCUAGGUAGGUACACUGCCUUACCUAAGGCGAGGCUAUCUCUUUCCAUCUCGCCUUCUGGCAUCACGGGGAAGCGGCCACAUCUAUGUCGGACGUGUUUCAAACACUCGCAGCUUGCCCAUGGGGAAGGAAAAAUACCCACCCUUACCCACCUCCUUACUCGGUCGCAUCCGGCACAAUGGGACUCGGGGCAUCUCCAUCUCGUACCUAAGGAAGCUGCCCUGGGGCGCCGGCCCUUCUGUUCCUUCUCUCCGCUUGCGGACACUGGCAAGAGCAAGGCAAGCAGCCUGGCUGACGCCAUCAGCCAUCAGCCAUCCCGUCCUUCCCUCCCGUCACCAACCGAAUCCACACUUAUGGCAGGAGUCAUGACCUGGCCCGUCCUUUUUGUCAGCUGCAUGGCUACGGUGCUGAGUCCAUCGCUCUUAGCGCAUGUUGCUUGUCUUGGCCGGGCGAGUGACCUCAGUUUCUCUCAUUCCUCUUAUGGCUUGAAUGCCAUAUUAUCCUCCCUCUGUCGACGGAUUCAGCGGUCCACGCCCUCAAACGUCGUCGGAAUAGAUGUUCUACAAGAAAAUUCACCGCCGGUGGGCGGACGCGAACGCUGCCCUGGCAGCUGCUAGCUUGCUGGCCAUCUCGCAGCUCGGCGCAGCUUACAUGCUUGAUCUGAGCUCAGCCGGUGAGCUUUUAUGAUAAU